CGUAAGCUAAAUUAUGAUGAAUAGUUUUAAAGAUGAACUAGACAAACUGGUCUUAGAGUCUAGUUUAGACGUCCAAGGACUGAGAGAUAGCGCAUGGAAGGACACUUAUGAAAGGGAUAUUAAGAUCUUUGAAGAGAUAGCUAAGGACUCAGUGGCUAAGUUCAGACCCAUGAUUUAUAACCUAUCUAGAGAAGACAUGUUCAGAGACAAUAUUAUGAGAGGAGCUAGGACUAAAGAGCUCUCUUUUGAAGGCAAGCUACCUCAUGCUGACAGUGAGAAUUAUGGAACCUUCGCAUUUGCUAUGAAUGCUUUGUUUCCUAUCAGUGUCCAUCAUGGGAUGUAUGAGACUAUCAUCAAAGUGUUGGGUUCAGAUGAGCAAGUCAAAGAAGUCUGGGAUGAUAUAGUAGCUUAUAAGAAUAUUGGUUGCUAUGCUCAGACUGAGGUUGGUCAUGGGUCUGAUGUUCAAGGACUCCAGACCGAAGCUAUCUACGAUGAAGCCACUGAGGAGUUUAUAAUCAAUUCUCCAUCCGUCAAGGCAUACAAAUUCUGGCCAGGAGAUCUCGGUAAAAUGGCCAAUCAUGCAGUAGUGUUUGCAAAGCUGAUCAUUAAAGGUGAAGCUUAUGGGAUUCAUGGAUUUCUGAUUAGAAUUAGGGACUCAGAAACUCAUUCUCCAUUAAAAGGAGUUGAGAUUGGAGACAUUGGGCCAAAAUAUGGUUAUGCUUGUAAAGACAAUGGAUACAUGGCUUUCAACAAUAUCCGAGUUCCAAGAUCUGCAAUUCUUUCACGAUAUGUUAGUGUGACCAAAGAAGGAAUGAUAGAGCUGAAAGGAGAUCCAAGGAUUGGAUACGCUACAAUGCUCUGGAUUAGAGUACAACUUUUGAGUUUCGGAUGGCUCGUAAAGUUUGUGUCAUUAGCACAUUGUGCUAGAUAUGCUCUGAAAAGAACACAAUUCAAGUCUGUUCCCGGAUCAGAUAUCGAGAGGCCUAUUUUCGAUUACCAAGCUACUCAGAAGCAACUUGUAUCAGUGACAUGAUAUGCAUACGCCAACUUGACGAUCUCUCAGUACUGUAUGGAUAUGUUUUAUAAGAUGAUGGAAAAAAUAAAGAAUGAAGACUUCAAAAUGAUGAACGAUCUCCAUGUCUUGAUAAGUGCUCUCAAGGCAUAUUGGAUGGACUACGAUAUGAUGGCACUGCAUUCUUUGAGGGAACUUCAAGGAGGCCAUGGAUAUUUAUUGUUGGGUAAUAUCUCUCUUCAUAUUGAGGGCUGGUCUCCAAACGUCACUCUUGAAGGUGAUGGAUAUGUUCUCUACCAACAAACAGCCAAGAAACUAGUAAAGAAAAUCAAAGAUAUCACUAAAGGAAAAUCUGUCAACAAAGAUUUUUACCCUUACAUGGAGCAAGUAUUUUCUGUCAAAGACUCCACUGAGUCUGACUCAGACAUUAGAGACACUCACAAACUCCUCGAAGUUCUCAGAGUUGCCCUCAGUCACGAACUUCUCCAACUUGCUGAAGCUCUUGCUAAGCAAGAUCAUCACUCGUUUGAUACCAAGUGGAACACAGUCUUCCAGGUCGAGAUUGCCAACCUGGCCAAGCUCCAUGCAGUCUACAUGUCUGGACUGUCUCUGGCUGCCAGAGUGCCUACUCUAUCCAAAGACAAGUUCACACAGCAAGUCAUGACCAAGGUCUGCAAUGUCUUCGUCACCGAAGAAAUCCUCAAGCUGGCGCAGACUGCUCUGCUUAAAGGUUAUGUCAAUGCAGAGCAAAUGGUCGGAAUCCACGAGUACCACACUGAGCUGGUGGAGUCACUAAAGCCACAUGUCGUUGCUCUGAUUGAGUCACAGAUUAUCCAUGAAGCUUUGGUACCAGGGACAACAUUGAGUGGGCAAGACUCAGACUAUGCUGGGAAGUUGUAUGAGAUGGCGACGCUGAACCCUUUAAACUCCACUCACAAGAUGCCAAAUGUAGACUUAAAGCUGAAGCUUCUAUCAAAGAAGCUAUCUAAUUUUGCUAAAAUCUAG